AUGGGAAGCUUCCAGCGGGGCGUCGGCAGUGAAGAAUUCAUCGGCCUGUCGCAGUCGUCCGUCAGCGACACUAUCUACGAAGUGGCAAACGCCAUAACUGUUGUUAGCGGGCAAAAGCGGUGGGUGGACUUCCCCCAGACGACAGGCGCGAUGGCCAGGGCAAAGGCGGCGUUUGCGCGGCUCGGACUUAUCCCCGGUGUGCUCGGCUGCGUCGAUGGCACACUUAUCGCCAUACAGCAGCCCCAAGGCCUGAGCCCCGGGGAUACACAGAGCUAUAUAUCGAGGAAGGGUUUCUACGCCAUGAACACCAUGAUCACAUGCGAUGCAGACAUCUGGAUCGAAGACAUCAACCCCUGCUUCCCGGGGUCCUGUCAUGAUUCAUGGGUGUGGCGUAGGAACCCUCUCCGUACAUACCUUGAAGCAGAAGUGCGCCCUGGUGAAUCUUUGCUUGGAGACUCCGGUUAUCCCUUGGAGCCGUGGCUCUUGACACCAGUGCCGGGGCAUCCAGCUGGCAGCACCCCUGAGGGCCUCUGCAACAAGGAGCACACCGCCAUGCGCAGUGUUGUGGAGAGGUGCAUCGGGGUCCUAAAGAGCAGGUUCCGCUGCUUGCAGCGUUACCGGACCCUGCUCUACAACCCCGAUCGAGCAGCGACCAUCAUUGCCGCUUGUGCAGCUCUUCACAACAUUGCCUUGGCGGCACGUGAGCCUGCCCCGAAAGAGGACGAUGACGACAGUGACGUGCCUCCAGCUGUCCAGCAGACUGCAGAUCUGGUCGACCCGCCAGCACCACCCAUGCGGGUGCCACCACCGCGGGAGCUAUACCUGAGGGGCCAGCAGCAGCGCAACCGCGUGGUGAACCUUUUUCAAGGACCACGGGGAGUGCAUGCUGACCACCUCCGGAGGGUACGCCGCCGCCUGCUGCGACCUCGUCGGCAGCAGCCAAUGUAAUGCUGCAACUGCUUGGUACGUAAAUU